GACAACCGGCUGGCCACCCCCGUGCUGGAUCUACGCGCACUGUCAAACCUCGUAUCGCUACAGCUGUACGGCAACCCGCUGGAGUACCUGCCAGAGCUGUCACCCGCCACGGCGUUGCGGACAUUGAGUUUGGCAAAUGUACGAAUUAUGGCGGAUGCGGCGUACAGCAGAUGGGAGGUGGAGGUGGCCCCCAUGCCGUACAUCUCCCGGGGCCACAAGCUGGCGCCGCUGUUCAAGCUGACGUUCCGUCGUAGCAGCUGUCAGCACCCGCUGCUGGCGGGGGCGCUAGGUCGUAUCUCCGAGGACCGGGCCAACUGCGAGCUGAUAGCGCGCGAGGAGACCGCCAUUCAGCAACUGGUCCUCAUGGCGCUGUCGGAGCAGCCGGUGGUGGCGGAACAGGCAUGUCGUACACUGGGGGCGCUUGCGCAGCUGGGGCUGACGACCGCCAGACGAUUGCUGUCGCAUGAUGUGGUCUCCACCAUCUUGACGUUACUUCGGAGCCCGCGAAGAGCGAGCAAGAUGUGCGGGUUGGCACUGCUGGGGAGCCUGGCGGCGGCAUCGGAGGCGGUGAGCGCGGAGCUGCUAACAUUAGAGCUGCUACAGCUGCUACAGGCGUGUAUCCAGGGGGAUGAUCGGGACCCACGGGUCGCGGCUCUCGGCACACUCGCUAACCUGGCCUUCUGUCGCGACAAUAAGCUUAAGAUACGAGCGGCGCCGGGUCUGUUGUCGACCCUUAUUGAACUGGCGGCUGCGCCCUCCGGCACCGCUGCCGCCGCGGUGGCGGCGGCGCCGGUCUGCCGCGGCUCGCCGAUUUCCGCCGCCGGUGCCGCCGCGGUGGCGGCGGCACCGCGAGCUGGCGCCGAACAACUUCCGGACGGUCCAGCACAAGUUGACGAUAUUCUGAGCCCUGUACGGCAAGUCGCGGAAGCUUGGCCGGUGGCGUCGCCGCCGCGGCCGCCACCUUCGGCGGCCCUUGCGGCACCAGCCGUUGUACGAAUGCCGCUCCGUGCGAUCGCUGGCGGCGGUGGCGGCGGCCUCCAUCGUCACAGUGAUACCGGCGGUGGCGGUGGCAGCGGCAGCGCUUCGACAGUGUCUUUUGGGGUCGGAUCGCCGCCGGGUCCCUCCGCCGCGUCUAUGUCGUACAGUAGCCACAGUCAGGGCCUGAAAUCCUUCCAGGCGGCGCCGGGCUACUCCUCUGCUGGUGCUGCUGCAGGCGGCGUCACCAGCGCCUCUGGCGCCUCAAAGGCCACCUCGGGCGCAGCUUCACCGGCGGACGUGCUUUCGCCGCCGCAACAGCAACAUGUACGAUGGAUGCACCACGCCGCCUCGACACCCGCCACCGUUGGCCUUGCCGUCGCUGCCGCCAGUGGCGGCGGCGGCGGCAGCUCCGCCGCCGCCGCUGCAACCGCGGCGGCCUCGCGCGGCUUAUCGCCAUCACCGAACCCCGGUAGCGGCGGGGGCGGCGGCCCAUUAUUGCCAACAUCCCCGACGGGCUGCGACACCAGCGCCACUGCCGCCGCUGCCGCCGCCGCUGCCAGCGGCUUGCCGCCGCAGAUUUCCCUGGCGCCGCCGCGUGCGGUUCCGGAGCCGGUUGCACAUCGCGACCAGGCGCGACUGCUGGCGAUCAAGGUCCUGGCCAUCCUUGGCGAGAAUGAGCAUGUACGGCGGGCGGUGGGGCAGCCACCCAUCUCGGAACGGGGCGUACGGGUGCUGGCGCUGGACGGUGGUGGCAUGCGGGGCCUUGCGCUGGUGCAGAUCAUGCGCCACAUUGAACGUCGAACAGGCCGGCCCCUUCAUCAGUUGUUCGAUCUAGUGGUGGGCACCUCCACCGGCGCCAUCGUGGCCGUCGGACUGGGAAUAUUCCACUUCACACUGGACCAGUGCGAGUCCAUUUACACGGGGCUGGGCCACAAGGUCUUCAACCAGGCUGGCGCGAGUCCUCGGGACGAGCUGCUGGCGGCAGCACAGGCACAGGCCGCCGCCAGCGCUGCUGCUACCGCUGGCGGCAGCAGCAGUAGCACUAGCGGCACCGGUGCUAGUACCGCCGGUACUGGCUGGCGUGACAGCCUCUUUCGCGUGGUCCGUGGCACCUCCACGAACCUCCGUGUCGCAGUGUACGGCUUCAAACACGAUGCCACGACGUUUGAGGAGCUGCUGCGCCAGAUGUGCGAUUUGAAGAAGCUGGGCUGUAGUUCCAGUCAGCUGAUAGAUGCUGCAGCCCUGGGCUCCCCCAAGGUGGCGGCUGUAGCCACCCUCGUGUCAUGUUGCCCGGUGACCCCCUUCCUCUUCACCAGCUACGAGCUGCCGCCCGAUGUGGCCCCCGCAGCCGCGGCCAUGAGGGCAUGUCCCUCCUCCAGUCGACACCUUGUGUGGCAGGCUGUACGAGCAUCAUCUGCAGCGCCGUACUACUUGGACGACUUUGUGUGCGGGGAUGAGCGUUACCAGGACGGCGCCGCCACCGCCAACAACCCCGCCAUCCUAGCCCUCCAGCAAGCCCGACUGCUCUGGCCGGGUGUCAAGCUCGACACCUUGGUGAGCAUCGGCUGCGGCGCCGCCCCCCCGACACGGCGGGAACGUGGCGCCCAUGCCGUGCUGGACACGGGGGCGGUGUUGGUGGAUGCCGCCACGUCGCCCGACCGCGCUGACGAGGCGCUGUCGACGUUGCUGCCGCUGGUGCCCGGUGUGAAGUACUUUCGUUUCCAGCCGGUUCAUGAGCGGUGCUCCAUGGAACUUGAUGACGUGAAUCCGCAGCACUGGGCGGCGUUGCAGGCGGCCGUGGACGAGUACUGUACAGCACAUGCGGCUCGCAUUGACGAGCUGGCGGAGCUGCUCUUGUCGGGUCGCGAUGGCGAGGGAGCUCUCGCGGACAGCUCGGGCUGUACGGCAGCGGGUGGCGGGGCGGAGGUGGCGCAGGAGGAUCCCUUCGAGGUGCCGCCGGGGGUCGGACCCGAGGGGUGCCCACUCGCCCCCGUACCCCGUAUCAGGCUCGGGCCCCGGCGCGGCGUGGUGAUUGUUGAGGCCCCGCGAGCAGUCCACCCCAGCGGCGUGCAGCACCUGACGGCGACCGCCGCCGCCGCCGCCGCCUCGUCAUCAGCAUUAUCGGCAUCAUUAACCAGCGGCGGCUGUGGCGGCGGCGGGGCAGGAGACGGCUCUUCGGGAGGACGACUUGGCCUGGUUCCGGAGCAGCUGGUAGUGGAGGCCCUGGCCCGGCGGCCUCAUCUGCUGCGUCGCUGCGAUCUGGCUGCUACAGCCGCUGAUGCGGCGCUGUCGGCGGCGCUGGUUGAGGCCCACAUGCGUUGCCUGGAAUCUCAGCAACAACUGCAGCACCAGAGGCAAAUGAAAGAUGAAGAAGAAGAAAAAGAAGAACAAGGACAGCUGCAGCAACGCCAAGAGCGGAGCAAAGGCUCUGGAGGACCUGUGCUGGCGCCGGUUGCGGUUGCGGCGGCGGAGGAAGCAGCCGGCGUGGUGGCGGCGGUAGCGGCGGCGGCAGCGGAGGAGAGGAAUGCGAGGCCAACGCUGGGGGUGUUGCCGCGCACAACGGCAGCGUCGGCACGCUUCUUUGCUACGGACCCAACCGCUGCUGUUGUCGUACCCAGCGCCGUCAGCGGACUAAUAAGUCCCCCUCGGACGAUGGCAGCGACGCCGCGUGGCGCUGCCGCUAAUGUUAGGCACUGGAUGUCGGGCAGUAGCGGCCGCGGCGGCGGCGGCGGCGGAGCGGUGUCCGGCUCCGGUGGUUGGACGCUGACGGCGGCGGCCAGCGCCGCUGGUGACGGCGGUGGCGCGGGCCUUAUGGAGGUAGCGGGUGAUGUGGUGGCGGCCGAGGCAGCCGCGGCGGCGGCGGCGGCAGCGGCCGAGACGGCGGCCGUUGCGACAGUGGUGGGCGUGCCUGGGCCGCCAGCACCGGCGGCAGCGGUGGCGGCGGAGCCGUCCUCGGUAGCCGACGCUGCUGCGGAGGCAGCAGAAGCAGCGGGCGCGAAAACAUCUGCGAUCGGUGACGCCGGUGCGGGGAGCAGUAGCAGUAGCGCCGCCACCGCCGCAUCAACCGCAGCCAGCGCCGCGGCGACGGCCACAUCCCUGUUGUACGACUUCCUAUUCCAGAAAAGGUCAACGAGUGCACGCGGCUUGAGCACCGGCGGCGCACCCUCCGCGGGCAGCACCGCCGCCGUUACGGCGGCGGCGGCAGCGCCAACGGCGACGUUGGCGGCUGUCACCGCGAAAUCGGGACCAUCCCCCGGGCUGACUUCUGCGCCAGCUGCUGGCGAGGCACCUGGGCCAAUCGCGGCUCCCCUACCCCUAGUGCCCAGCUGUGGCACGUCACCCUCCCUCCUCCACGCCACCACAAUUACCACAACCAGCGAGGCUCCACUUACACCUCCUCCGUCCGCCGCAACCGCGCACACCCCACCGCCCCGCGGCAGCUCGGGCAGCGCCGUCGCAGCGGCGGCGGCUUCACCGGAGGCGACCGGAGGCAGCCGCUCGGGCAGAGCCAGGGCACACGGCGGCGCCGGCGCCAUCGCCGCCGCCACCGCAUCCCUCCGCACCCCUCCUCCUCACGAAGUGCAACCGGCGGUGUUGCUCGCGGCUUUGCUGCAGGACCUACAAGAGCGUUGUGGACUGUUGCACUUGGGUCUGCAGCCAGUGUACGACAGCAGCGGCAUGGCGUGUGGCGGCGGCGGCAGUGGUGUUGCGUGCCGGAGCGGGGUUGAGGAGGACUGCGGGCUCGUGGCCGGAUGGAUCGAAGAUGUCGUGGCGGUGGUGGAGCCAGGUCCCGACGCGGAUCGCAUCCUGUCAGAGCUGGGCUAUCCUACCACCACCACCACCACCAGCGGCGGCACUCCGCGGCCCAGCUUGGCGUCGCUAUUCGCGGCGACGAAAGGGGCGCCCCUGGAGUCGAGUCGCUGUCGCUCUUAUCGGCUACUGGCCCGCCAGGAGGUCUGGCACAACGGCUGCCCGCUGGCCACGCUGCUACUGCAGGUCACCCGGCCCGCCGCGCUGCUACGUCCCAGCGACCUGGCCGCCAUGGGGCCGCAGCUCAGCGGUCUCGUAAUCACCGCCGCCGCGCCGCUGCCGCCCGCCGUCACGACCGCCCUGCUCUACGCCGGCGCCGCGGCAGUGAUCUGCCCCGACACGCCGCUGCCGCCGCCGCAGCCGGCCCCCACCACGCUACCCGCCGAUAUGUCCGUACAGAUCCCGUACAUGGCCGUGCCGUACAGCGCUGCUGGAGGAGCUAGCGGGCAUCAAGGUUCGCAAACACAAACGUCGUCGGUCCUCUCAUCUGGCGGGCUGCAGGCGGCGGGUGGCGGUAUCGGGAACACUGUCAUGAACGGGUCUGGGUCUGGAUCUGGGGCUACUUGCGCUGCAGGAGGAGGAGGAGGUGCAAAUGUGGGUCCUGAUGUGCUCGUGAGUUACUUUGAGGCGCUUGUGGGGGAGCUUGUGGAGGGGUCGACGGUGCUGGGCGCGAUCACGGCGGCGGACCGGCAGCAUGCCGCGUUGCGGGACCGCAUCGUGUUCCACCACUUAUGA